AUCAUUGUACCAAUUAAGCCCUCUCUCAUAUCAUCCUCUCCAUAACAAGCUGAAGGCGCCUUUUGGCAUGGCCCGACAGCUCCUACUGAGGAAGGUCGUUGCUCUUUCCACUGCAAGAAAGAAAACCCACCACCCCCAAUUAAAAUUGCAGCCACAAACUCUCAACACACACCUAGUUGCCAAUCACAAGUAGAUCGCCUUCGAGUUCUUUCGGGAUCGGAGAGGCGAUGGAUUUCGGGUGGAUGUUUGAGUUCUUGAAGGGGAUGCUAAAGCCGGUGGCGGCCCUGGCGGUGGUGGCCAUGGCCGUGGCCCUGUCAUAUGCGCAGAGGCUCGGGCUCGAGUGGGAGAUGGCCUACUCCAUCUCCCGCGCUUUCCUUCAGCUCUCCGUCAUUGGGUUCGUCCUGCAAUUCAUCUUCAGUCGGGAGAACAACGUGUGGAUAGUUCUUGCUUACCUCUUCAUGGUCUCAGUCGCUGGUCAUACUGCUGGUCAGCGAGCUAAACACGUCCCUAGAGGGAAGUAUGUCGCCGGAGUUUCUAUACUGGCUGGAACAGCGAUAACGAUGUUCCUUCUGGUCAUACUGAACGUGUUUCCUUUCACUCCUCGUUACAUCAUUCCCGUUGCCGGGAUGAUGGUUGGGAAUGCGAUGACCGUCACCGGAGUCACCAUGAAGAGACUCAGAGAUGACAUCAAAGUCCAGAUUAAUUUGGUGGAGACAGCACUUGCACUGGGGGCGACCCCGCGCCAGGCGACACUGCAACAGGUCAAGAGGGCUCUGGUGAUCGCGCUCUCUCCGGUGCUCGACAAUGCGAAGACUGUGGGUCUGAUUUCACUCCCGGGUGCCAUGACCGGGUUGAUAAUGGGAGGGGCCUCUCCUUUGGAAGCUAUUCAACUUCAAAUCGUGGUAAUGAACAUGCUUGUAGGCGCAUCCACCGUUAGUAGCAUCAUGUCCACCUACCUUUCUUGGCCCAGUUUCUUCACUAAGGCUUACCAAUUAGAAACCAAAGUCUUUGCGUCGUGAUCGGGGCCUGACAAUGCACUCUUCACUGUCUGCAUUAUAUAAUGCAGAGCCCCGGUCGUGCAGAAGUAACGAGCCAAAGCUAUCAAUUGGUCUGAUUCAGAAUUUCGAAAAAAUCUGUGCCUUUUUUUUUUUUUGCUCGAUAAAAGAAAAACAAGCUGCACUUGAAUGUAUGGUACAUGAUACGGUGAUAGUGACUCCAUUUUUUACAUCGAAUUAUUAACAUGUACUGUCUGAACUGUCUAACUUCAUCGGACAUCCUUCAGUUCCUAUUCAGUAAAUUGGAUUCGCUGCA